GAAAUCACUUCAAAUUGGCCUAUUUUAGGGGGACAGAGGACCAGCUUUCGUUAUAGCCUAAUAUUUCACAGAAAUAUUUAAAUCCAGACAUCCUCAGCCGCAUGGCACAUUGUGGCACAGGCGUCAUGAUGUCAGCGCUUGAAUUUUGAUAACACAUUUUGCAACUUGCGCGUUCUGUUUUCACUUCAAUUAUGUAAUUACACCGAUAAUCACAGUGAGGGAAUUUAACUGCCUUUAAUUUGUUAUUCAGGUGGAGAUGGAGGGACUGCGGAUGGAGCAGCCAGGCAGUGUUUGUGCUCUGCAGAGACACCAGAAGAGCUGCGAUCUGCAAAUGAAUCCUAAUAAAAUGAGGAUCUGUCGGAUACUUUCCUCUGCGUUUACAAGGAGCAUCAUAAGAAGGUUAUCUGACCUCGGAUUUAUCUGGUUCUUCUUCAUCACGUGACGUUUAAAGUUCUUCGGACCCAGCCCCAGCGUCACCAAUCGGCUCCCCUCUUGGAGAGUGUGGACCAAUCAGCAACAGUCUUUGAUGAAUAUUCAUGAGUCCGAGAUUCAAACCUUUGAGCGAGUUUGGUUGGGUCCACUGCAUCAUUCCUAGGACUUUUCACAGGCACAAACUACAUUUUCUUAUGAAUGGAAAGAGAAAAAAGCAGGUCGGCUUAAAUUGGGACCCAUCCGUCACUGGGAUCAUAGCAAGAAAACAACAAAAGCGACACAAGAGGAACAACCAGAAGAGAUGACAAUGACUACGAUUCCAGAAAGUCUUAAUAACCCUGCCUCGGGAAAAGCCGUUUUUAUGGAGUUUGGACCCCCGAGUCAACAAAUGUCGCCCUCUUCCAUGUCUCAUGGACACUAUCCCAUGCACUGUUUACAUUCUACAGGUCAUACACAGCACGACAGCUACAGUCCAGCCUCAUCUUUUCCCAGAUCUUUGGGUUAUCCAUACGUAAACUCCGUCGGUAGUCAUUCCACCAGUCCAUAUCUCAGCACAGUACAGACUUAUCAAAGCAGUUCGGGACUCACACAGACGCGUUUGGAAGACCCAGCGCCAGAAACUGAGAAAAACACGGUGGUCGAAGGCGGAGAGGUGCGAUUCAACGGAAAAGGGAAAAAGAUUAGAAAACCAAGGACUAUAUAUUCCAGUUUACAGCUUCAAGCUCUGAACAGAAGAUUUCAACAAACUCAAUAUUUGGCGUUACCAGAAAGAGCUGAGCUCGCAGCGUCGCUGGGUCUCACUCAGACACAGGUAAAAAUUUGGUUUCAGAAUAAACGGUCCAAAUUUAAGAAACUAAUGAAACAAGGCGGCAGUACAAUUGACACCAACGUUUUAACCACUGGCCGUGGACUUUCGAGCGCUUCUCCCUCGGUGGCACCUGUCUGGACAUCUCCGACCACCGUGAAAACUUCAGUGGGAACAAGCGGAUCUUACAUUCCUAGCUACACCUCAUGGUAUCCCACCACACACCAAGAGUCUAUGCAACAGUCACAGCUCAUGUGAACAGACACUUCAGGGUGAAAAUGGUGAAAGGCCCAGCAGCCGCUUAGCGCGGCUCAGCGCUGAUGAUGCACAACAAUGAUCCCGGAGAUUGUUGCCGCAUCCCACAAGCUGACACGAAGGCCUCUCCAUACCAGAUGAUGGCCGGUAGACAAGAAGGAGACGAAGAAGCGGGGGAAGAAGAGGGAGGGAUUCAAAAAGGCGCACAAUGCGCCGAGGGCAAGUCCGUGACAGCGGAAAUCAAAUAGACAAAAGCUGUUGGUCACUUUUAUGUCAGUCAAUUUUUUUUAAAUCUUAUCUUAUCUUUUUUUCUUUCUUUUUUUGAAUUUGUGUGAAUUUCUGUUGUUGAACUGUAGGCUACAUGUUGAUGAGAAAGCACGUGUAUGUUUACGCCAGAUGUUGGGCCAGAGAUGACGGUGACCUAAAAUCGAUCAUUAACAGUUAAAGGCCAAUUAGGCCACAUCAGUGUGUUUUUAACCAAAUAAUUGAUUACAAAUUCCACCAGUAACCAUCCGGCCAUCACGCCUACAGCAUAUUCAACCUAAGUGAAUAUACUGUGCAAAAGCCUCAAGUCGCUUCUACGUUGUUUAUGUGUUUGUUAUUUAAGUUAAAUUAUUCAGACCAGCUUUAAGGCCAGUCUGUGUUCUUUUGUAAACGUGUUGGAAACAACAUUGUGUUAAUGCUGCACUAACGCAAGCAAAGUUUUUCUAUGCCGUGCCCCGAUGUUAUGUGAAAAAAUGUAAAAGGCUAGACGAUUUGCUGCUUUGGAAAAAAAAAUAUUCAGAGGGUGAGCAACUCAUUUGUCACUGUAUUUUGUACAUAAUUUUCGGAGUUGUUUUGUGUUGUACUGGAUACGCUGUGAAACAGGGUUUAGGCUUUGUGUACUCGUCGAAAUGUGUUUAGUCAUCAUAGAAAAUAUUUAGUUUUGUAUUGAUCACCUUAAUUUAUUGAUCUGUUUCUGGAGUUUAUGUACAUAAAGUGCAAAGUUUCAAUAACAGUAAAAUAUGAUUUAAAUUA